AUGCUCUUCCGACAUGUGGUCCAGAUUGGCGUAGGCAUCUUGAAUGACGAUAGAGAGCGACCGAACGUCUUGAGUGAUGCUUUUAGACAGGAAUACAGACCGCGCGUCAUGCCUACAACUUCUAUCGACCAGGAUCCUGAAUCGGCUAUGGCGCCCGAAGACGCCUCCAAGCCCCCCUUUUUUUGUGCACUUUGCAACAGGACCUUCAACUCUCGAAAUGCAAUUGAAGAUCAUAACAUAGACAAGCACAAAGCGUCAUCAGCUCCACCCAGAGUUCCUGUCUUCGUUCAAGCUUCUGCUAUGACCGCAUUUACUUGUAGCAUCUGUGACAAGGUGUUCGAGACCAAAGAUGCAGCCAUACGUCACAACAUGAAUGCGCAUGCACCACAAAACCUGCUUGAAGCUGUUGCUAUUGACAACUUGACUUGUUAUCCUUGCGAUAGGAUUUUCGGCACUCAGAAGGCACUUUGGGCACAUGAAAACGAUAGCCAUUACCCCCAAACUUGCCAUUGCAAUGCGAGGUUCCCUGGCUGGAAGUCUUUCAGAGAACAUAAGAAAGUAUGCCUCCCGAAUCAGACAGUCACUCUCAAAGAGAUCAAGCAAGAGUCAGUCUACAAUUCCAAUGUCGAAUUGUAUUCCGAGCCGUUAAGUGAAAGACUAGAUGGGUCAGAUUCUGACUUGGGCGACGACUCAGAGGACGAUUCAGAGGGUGAGUCGGAGGGCGACUCAGAAAGUGAUUUGGAGGAUGACUCCGAGUGUGAGUCAGCGGACGAGUCAGAGGUUAACAUGAAGCAACACUUGAAGGUUGACGCCUUGGAGUCUGACGAAGACGAUCAAGGUCCAAAAUGGCCUGAAUACGGUCAAGCAGGCCGCAUCCCAUGCCUUUUCAGUCACGUCAGCUGCGCUCAAGUCUUCUCUACAGCUUCGAUGAUGUUACAGCAUGUUGAACUUCACUAUUGCCCGGCCGAUAUGCUAUGGUCAGAUUUCGACAUUUUCGACUACAAUGCAUGGAGUCGAAAGGUCUAUGAUGAUAUCAAAGUGAACUAUAAGUGCCCGAACUGUAAGAACAAAGGUGGAGGCAGAUUCGAUUACCUGUUUCAGCUUGUUGAUCAUGCUGAGAGCAAUCAGUGCAACUUGAGAGUUUGCACCGGUCCUAUCAAAGAAAUUCGUUCCAAGCUUCUGGAAUUUGCGGAUGAGUGGGAGUGA